ACUGCCGGGACGGCCCCCAUCUUUUUUGAGCGCUUUAGGCCGGCCGGCUGCGCUGGGGAGUCGAGUCGUUGGUGUUGCUGUUUGUGAGCCUGUGGCGCGGCUCUGUGGGACCAGAACCUUAAAGAUAGCCAUAAUGGCUGAAAAUGGUGAUAAUGAAAAGAUGGCUGCCCUGGAGGCCAAAAUCUGUCAUCAAAUUGAGUAUUAUUUUGGAGACUUCAAUUUGCCACGGGACAAGUUUUUAAAGGAACAGAUAAAGCUGGAUGAAGGCUGGGUACCUUUGGAGAUAAUGAUAAAAUUCAACAGGUUGAACCGUCUAACAACAGACUUUAAUGUAAUUGUGGAAGCAUUGAGCAAAUCCAAGGCAGAACUCAUGGAAAUUAGUGAAGAUAAAACUAAAAUCAGAAGGUCUCCAAGCAAACCGCUGCCUGAAGUGACUGAUGAGUAUAAAAAUGAUGUAAAAAACAGAUCUGUUUAUAUUAAAGGCUUCCCAACUGAUGCAACUCUUGAUGACAUAAAAGAAUGGUUAGAAGAUAAAGGUCAAGUACUAAAUAUUCAGAUGAGAAGAACACUGCAUAAAGCAUUUAAGGGAUCAAUUUUUGUUGUGUUUGAUAGCAUUGAAUCUGCUAAGAAGUUUGUAGAGACCCCUGGCCAGAAGUACAAAGACACAGACCUGCUAAUACUUUUCAAGGAUGAUUACUUUGCCAAAAAAAAUGAAGAAAGGAAACAAAAUAAAGUGGAAGCAAAAUUAAGGGCUAAACAAGAGCAAGAAGCAAAACAAAAGUUAGAAGAAGAUGCUGAAAUGAAAUCUCUAGAAGAAAAGAUUGGAUGCUUGUUGAAAUUUUCGGGUGAUUUAGAUGAUCAGACCUGUAGAGAAGAUUUACACAUCCUUUUCUCAAAUCAUGGUGAAAUAAAAUGGAUAGACUUCGUCAGAGGAGCAAAAGAGGGGAUAAUUCUAUUCAAAGAAAAAGCCAAGGAAGCAUUGAGUAAAGCCAAAGAUGCAAAUAAUGGUAACCUACAAUUAAGGAACAAAGAAGUAACUUGGGAAGUACUAGAAGGAGAGGUGGAAAAAGAAGCACUGAAAAAAAUAAUAGAAGACCAACAAGAAUCCCUAAACAAAUGGAAGUCAAAAGGUCGCAGAUUUAAAGGAAAAGGAAAGGGUAAUAAAGCUGCCCAGCCUGGGUCUGGUAAAGGAAAAGUACAGUUUCAGGGCAAGAAAACAAAAUUUGCUAGUGAUGAUGAACAUGAUGAAAAUGGUGCAACUGGACCUAUGAAAAGAGCAAGAGAAGAAACAGACAAAGAAGAACCUGCAUCCAAACAACAGAAAACAGAAAAUGGUGCUGGAGACCAGUAGUUUAGUAAACCAAUUUUUUAUUCAUUUUAAAUAGGUUUUAAACUACUUUUGUUUGUGGGGGCUUUUAAAAGGAAAACCGAAUUAGGUCCACUUCAAUGUCCACCUGUGAGAAAGAAAAAGUUUUUUUGUUGUUUAACUUGUCUUUUUUCUUAACCAAAUGAGAAUUUUUUUGAAUGUAUAGUUCUGUUUGUGUUAUUUCAGAUGAUUCAAAUAUCAGAAGGAAGGUUCUUCUGCUAAAUUGCAUUUGUAAUAUGAGAAUGUAUUAGUACAAACUAAUAAAAUAUAUACUAUAUAAAAAGAG